UCCCGCCGCCCCCAGCCAUGACCCUGCCGAGCCCCGGCAAGUUCCAGUUCGCCAUCGACCGCGGGGGCACCUUCACCGACAUCUUUGCCCGCUGCCCCGGGGGGCGCGUCCGCGUGAUGAAGCUGCUGUCCGAGAACCCGGCCAGCUACCGCGAUGCGCCCACGGAGGGCAUCCGCCGCGUCCUGCAGGAGGAAUGUGGCACUCCCUUUCCCCCCGACCACCCUCUGGAUGCAUCGCAGAUAGAGUGGAUCCGCAUGGGGACCACGGUGGCCACCAAUGCCCUGCUGGAGCGCAAGGGGGAGCGGAUCGCCCUGCUGAUCACCAAGGGCUUCCGGGAUCUCCUGCACAUCGGCAACCAGGCCCGGCCCAGAAUCUUUGACCUGGAGGUGGCAGUGCCCGAAGUGCUGUAUGAGCAGGUGGUUGAGGUGGACGAGCGGCUGAUCCUGCACCGCGCCGGCUGCCAGUUCCGUGGGGCCGACCCUGGCCAGGCGCUCUCAGGUGUGACGGGGGAUUCGCUGGUGGUGCAGCGCCCUGUGGACCUGGCCAUGCUGCGGAGAGACCUGCAGCGGCUGCUGGCGCUGGGGAUCCGGAGCCUGGCCGUGGUGCUCCUGCACUCCUACGCCUGGCCAGCACAUGAGCAGCAGGUGGGGGCGCUGGCCCGGGAGCUGGGCUUCCAGCACGUGUCUCUGUCCUCCUCGGUGAUGCCCAUGGUGCGGGUGGUGCCACGCGGGUACACCGCCUGCACCGACGCCUAUCUGACCCCCUGCAUCCACCGCUACCUCGAUGGCUUCCGUGCCAGCUUCAACCAGCAGCUCCAGGACACCCAGGUGCUCUUCAUGCGCUCCGAUGGGGGCCUGACCCCCAUGGGGCAGUUCAGUGGCUCCCGGGCCAUCCUGUCUGGCCCCGCCGGCGGCGUUGUGGGCUACGCAAUCACCACCUACAGCCAGGAGGAUGGGCAGCCUGUGAUCGGCUUCGACAUGGGAGGCACGUCGACAGACGUCAGCCGCUACGCCGGUGAGUACGAGCACGUCUUCGAGGCGACCACGGCUGGGAUCCGCAUCCAGGCCCCCCAGCUGGACAUCAACACCGUGGCGGCUGGCGGUGGCUCCAUGCUCUUCUUCCGGUCUGGGCUAUUUGUGGUUGGUCCCGAGUCCGCGGGGGCCCAUCCUGGCCCCACCUGCUACAGGAAGGGGGGGCCCCUGACAGUGACCGAUGCCAACCUGUGCCUGGGCCGCCUGCUGCCCCAUUAUUUCCCCCACAUCUUCGGGCCGGGUGAGGACCAGCCGCUGUCACAGGACGCCACCCUGCAGAGCUUCCAGGAGCUCACUGCCCGCGUGAACGCCUUCCUGGCCAGCCAGGUGUCAGGCCCCCGCUCCCCUCUCACCGUGGAGGAGGUGGCCAUGGGCUUCAUCCAGGUGGCCAACGAGGCCAUGUGCCGGCCCAUCCGCUCCCUGACCCAGGCGAGAGGCCACGACACCUCGCACCAUGUACUGGCCUGCUUUGGGGGUGCAGGGGGGCAGCACGCCUGCGCCAUUGCCCGUGCACUAGGCAUGAAGAGGGUGUUCAUUCACAGGUACCACAGCGGGAUCCUGUCUAGCCUACGGCUGGCUCUGGCGGACCUGGUGCACGAGGUCGAGGAGCCCUGCUCCCUGCGCUACGGGCCCGAGGCCUAUGCCCAGCUGGACCGAGGCGGCAUAGCGGCGGCUGGGAGACAGAGUCGUGUGGGGGCACUGCAGGCCCAGGGGCUUCCCCAGGUACCCGCCCACCAGCCCGGGCUGCCCUCGGGGGGCCCUUCCUGCAACCUGCGCUACGAGCGCACGGACUGCAACCUCAUGUGCUCGGCCAAGAGGGCACCGGCCACGUCCGAUUCUGCCGGGCGGGACUUCCGCGUCCGCCUUCUCCAGCAGCACCAUCCCUCAUUGAGCCGGGCUGACAGCCCCAUCACCCGCCACAGGGACAAUCACAUUGCCCUGGGCUCGAGAAGCAGGCUUCCCAUCAGCACCCAGCUCGACACCAAUUCCGAGCUCUCUAUCUCUCCCACCGCUUCAUGGGCAUUUGCAGAGCAGAUGGGCCGGAUCCUGCAGAGAACGGCCAUCUCCACCAACAUCAAGGAGCGGCUGGACUUCUCGUGUGCCCUCUUCGGGCCGGAUGGGGGGCUGGUGUCCAAUGCUCCCCACAUCCCCGUGCACCUGGGUGCCAUGCAGGAAACCGUCCAGUUCCAGAUCCGGAACCUCAGGGCUGACCUGAACGAGGGCGACGUGAUCCUCAGCAACCACCCAUGUGCGGGGGGCAGCCAUCUCCCAGACUUGACUGUCAUCACACCCGUGUUCUGGCCAGGGGUGCCAAGGCCUGUGUUCUUCGUUGCCAGCCGUGGGCACCACGCGGACAUCGGCGGCAUCACACCUGGCUCCAUGCCCCCGCACUCCAAGGUGCUGCAGGAGGAAGGUGCCAUCUUUGUGUCCUUUAAGCUGGUGAAGGAUGGAGUCUUCCAGGAGGAGGCUGUGAGCGAGGCCCUGAUGGCUCCCGGCUGCAUCCCAGGCAGCAGCGGCACUCGCAACCUCCAGGACAACCUGUCGGACCUGCGGGCGCAGGUGGCAGCCAAUCAGAAGGGGAUCCAGCUGGUGAGCGAGCUGAUUGGCCUGUAUGGGCUGGAGGUGGUGCAGAGCUACAUGGCACACAUCCAGGCCAACGCAGAGGUAGCAGUGCGGGACAUGCUGAAGGGAUUUGCCACUCGCUAUGGGGCAGCGACGCACCCCAUGGUGGUGCAGGCGCAGGACCACAUGGACGACGGCUCCCCCAUCCGGCUGAAGGUGGAAGUGGACCCUCAAGAGGGCAGCGCCGUGUUUGAUUUCUCUGGCUCUGGCUCCGAGGUGCAUGGGAACUGCAACGCCCCCCGGGCCAUCACCCUCUCGGCACUGAUCUACUGCCUGCGCUGCAUGGUGGGCCAGGACAUCCCGCUCAACCAGGGCUGCCUGGCCCCGGUGCAGGUUCUCAUUCCCAAGGGCUCCAUCCUGGACCCGUCCCCGGAGGCUGCCGUGGUGGGGGGCAAUGUGCUGACCUCGCAGAGGGUGGUGGACGUGAUCUUCAGGGCCUUCGGAGUCUGCGCUGCCUCCCAGGGCUGCAUGAACAACGUCACAUUUGGGAACGAGGACAUUGGCUACUACGAGACGGUGGCAGGUGGCGCAGGGGCCGGGCCCCACUGGCACGGGCGCAGCGGGGUGCACACCCACAUGACCAACACCCGCAUCACUGACCCUGAGAUCCUGGAGAAACGGUACCCAGUGAUCCUGUGCUGCUUCGAGCUGUGCCGGGGCAGCGGGGGCAGCGGGCGGUUCCGGGGCGGGGACGGGGUGAUCCGUGAGCUGCUGUUCCGCGAGGAGGUGGUGCUGUCGGUGCUGAGUGAGCGCCGGGCCUUCCGCCCCUACGGCCUGCAUGGUGAGCACCUGCCAUGCGUUUUCCUCCUUGUCCUGAAGGAUCAAACCUUGAUUUCUCUUGCUUAACAGAAUUCACUGGCUGCUGGGGACGUCUUCCGCUUGCAGACCCCCGGAGGGGGUGGCUUUGGGCCGGCUGCUGACCCCAGGGACUCCCUGGAGUGGCACCAGCCGCCUGAUGCUAUGAGCUUCCCGGAGCGUGGCAGCCUGUAUGACUAUCGCAUGGCGCAGGAGACGGCGUGAGGGCCCGGGCCGGGGCGUGGGAUGAACCACCCCACGGCUCUGCCCCGAUUCAGUGCGGGCUCCGCCCCCCUCCUGGCCUCCCAAUGUGGGGAGCAUGGACCAGGACUCCUGGGUUCCAGUCUGCUGGGACCUGCCGCGCUGUGUGAUGUUGCCUGAGUCCCUGCCCCUCUCUGCCCCACUCUGGGGCAAGCACUUGCAGAAGUCGUUCCUGGGCAUUUGCAGAGUGUUUGGGACUCAUGGGGCUGGAGGUGUGGAUGGGGACCCGAGCCAGGGCCUGUGGUGACUGGGGCCAUGGGAACUCCCCUCCACAUGUACUGGAGCUGAAUCUCCCUACUCUGUCAGCCGCACAGGGCCCCUGCUGCUCUCGGGGCACAUCCCCACCCCGCCGUGGAGGAGAGGCGUUAAGGGAGCUGCCUGGGGGGAGUGAGAGCAGCAUUUGCCCUCUGCCCCCAGCUGCGAGGAGCCGAUGCAGCCGUUCGGGUUCUCUCCAGGGAAGGGCGGCAUUUGCUCCAUCACAGGGUGUCGUAAGAGGAGGCCCUGAAACAUAAACCCUGGGUAUCAGAGGCCUGAGCUAAAGGAAUGGUCAGGACUUAGUUAACAUGAAGCAAAGUGAAGCUGUGGGCCAGAGGCAGGCCCUGCUCCCAGACGCUGGCAAGAAGGCUGCUAAUUGGAUGUAUACACAUAGCUAAAGGCCUGUGUCACUGAGUCCCCGGCGAUGCUCUGGAACUGCUCCCCACAAAGCCAG